AUGAUCAACAAGAAAACUGUCUAUCAUUCCUAGUCUCAAUUUUGGUUUGAUCAAAGGGCAGGAAGAAUUACGGCUUCCUCAUUUUACACUGUGUGCCACCUUAGAGAGAGCACAGACAGAAGAAACACUAUUAAACAUCUCAUGAAUUACUGUCCAAUUGCUGAAGAUGCCAUGCCACGACAGUUGACAUGGUGUCAUGAAAAAGAAAAGUGAGCACUUGGUCUUUACAUAAAAAAACAGAACAAAAAUCAUGAGAAGUUGUCAAUAGAAAAAAGUGGACUCAUUGUAAACACAUUAUGGCCCUUUUUGGGAGCCAGUCCUGAUGGUAUAAGGAUUUGCACUUGCUGCCAAAAGAAGUUAAUAAUUGAAGUUAAAAGCAUGUAUGCAAAAAGAAAUGUCCCUCCACAUGUUGCAGCUGAGGAGAACCUCAUGCUUGUGGAUGGCAAGUAUGAAAUUAAAAAAGAAACCAAAUGGAACUACCAAAUCCAGGGACUGAUGGGGGUAACAGGGAUUCAUUGCUGUGAUCUAGUUAUUUAUACCCUCAAA